AUGCCCCCACAAUGUCCCAUGCAGUCAAGCCCCGAAUACAACUUCAACUUUCCGACCCCUCUUUCAUAUGGUCCUCCAGCCGUGCCAGCAGGCCAUCCAUAUGGCGGAAUGGUUGGUGCACAUGGUGUGGAGGCACAUGGUGUGUACCCAGGUGGUCCCAGUCCUGGAGGAAUGCCAGGUGGUCGUCCAGUAUCUGCUCCAGCCACGACACUAGUGCCUUCCCGCUGUCCUGAGUUUGAGCGCCCAUCUUCAGUCCUUCCUGUCGUUGAUCCCAGACUCUCUGCCAGCGUUUCUGGGAGUGUAGGUCCAAGCGCCUCGACAGAAACCGAUGGCGGGUCUCAAAAGUUGAAAGUGUCGCAAGUCUUAAGCCAGAUGGCAACUAUCAACCGUCGACUAGAUCUUGCGGAGAAUCAGGAACUGCAACACACACAGGAAGUCUGUGCACUGGAGAUGAGAUGUGCUCAGCACGUCGAAGCUGUGAGGAAUGAGAUGAAAGCCGAGAUAAGGAGCUUGGAGGAGUCGUUCGAGCAGAAAGUUGCCAGUAUGGUCGCAAGUAUCGAGAGUCGCGUUGAUGGAGGAGAAGCAGCCGGCGCUGAGAGUGAUGAAGAGUUUGAGAGAGAUGUCGAGAAGAUCGAAAAAAGUGCCCUCGUGUUUGGAGAUAAUGGUCUAAAGGCAGUUGUUCGGAUCAUUUUUCAGAUGCUGAUGGGAAUCGCCAAGCUCACUGCCGAUGUUCUUCCUCCAUACCUGAGUGACGACGACAACUGGCCGCUUGAUCCUGCCACCCAAAAUCAUUUGAUGCAGUUCCACUGGACAGAAUCUCAUCAGCAUUCUGACAAUCACGCCAAUAUCCUGCGGGUCAUUGCUUACAUUCGUCAGCAUGGUGCUACUGUUACAGGGACCCUCAGACCCCUAUCAUCUCCACCAAAUGUCGCUGUCACAACCACGUCACAACACGUGACAGAUGACAUCACCGGCACGUGA